AUGUCGUCGUUUACUUCCUUCCGCAGAGAGGCCUGGAUCGAGUACGGCAUAGGGGUCUUCGUUCUGCUGGUUCGCUUCUUUGCCCGGUGGCGCAUUGUCGGGCUCAAAGGAUGGCAGGGCGAUGAUUAUUUUGCUCUCCUGGUGUUGAUCUUUUGGACAGCCGAGGUGUCGAUGCUUGAUCUAAUAGGCCAAUAUGGCACGAAUAUAGGGUAUACCGACGAACAACGUGCGCACUUCUCAGCUGAACAGACGCGAAAACUCGAAAUCGGCUCCAAGUGUCUCCUGGCCGGAUGGUGCUGCUAUGUCACCCUGAUCUGGUGCUUGAAGGCAUGCGUGCUAUUCUUCUUCAACCGCAUCACAAUGGGUCUGAAUUAUCAACGGCUUGUCAAGAUCACAGCUAUCGUCUGUGUCAACUGCUACAUAGCCGUGAUGGUGAUCAUCCUGGCCCAUUGUCGGCCGAUCCACAAGAAUUGGCAGGUGUAUCCUGAUCCUGGCUCAACCUGUACUGUCGACAGGGCCAACUACCUGAGUGUUGUCGUGACGAAUAUGAGCACCGAUGCGCUUAUCGUCUGUAUCCCCCUUCCCUUGCUGUGGAGAGUGAAGAUCACCAUCACGAGGAAAUUAAUCAUCGGCCUCCUCCUCUGCUCUGGCAUUUUCAUCAUGGCUGCAGCGUUGCUACGAUGCGUCCUUUCUCUGAGGGAUAUCAAGGGCAUCAACAACAGCACUAUAUGGGCAAUUCGAGAGACGUUCGUCGGCAUAAUUGCUGUCAAUGCCGCGCCGAUAAAACCUCUCUUUAGCGAGAGAAGCUGGAUCGGGUACUCAAGGGAUACCGAUGAGCGAUAUAAUACAUACGAUCUUAGCAAGGCCGAAUCAGGAAUUGGACAGCGGCUUACCUCGCUUGCCAGGUCAAGAAACCGGAGUCGCAGCAAGACGGAUAAGCUUACAGGAACAGCUAGCGAGGAAGUCAUUCUGGGGUCGUUCGAGGCGACAGGGUACCGACAUGAGAUCUCUGGAGGGAAGAGAUCGGAUGAAGCAUCCCAAGCGACGGAGAUACAGAAGGGGGAGUGGCGGUCUGCCUCCAGAGCAGAUUAUGAGAUGGCACCGCAGAUGCCAGGGGUGAUUCGUGUUACGACGACGUUGGAGAUUACCUAG